CGCCCCAUGUUACUGAGCGGAGCUCCUCCGGCGGGCUCCGGCCCCGGGCCGCGGGCGCAGGGGAGCGCGGGGGGUGGCCCGGGGGGAUCGCGCCGGGGUACCGGGGGUGCUGGAGCCGGCCCAGGAGGGGGCGGCAGCGGCGGGGUGGCCAGGUGGCUACGGGAGCACCUGGGCUUCCGCGGGGGGGGCGGCGGCGGAGGGGGGAGCAAGCCGGCGCCCCCUGAGCCCGACUACCGCCCCCCCGCGCCCUCCCCGGCCGCACCCCCCGCGCCGCCCCCGGACAUCCUGGCCGCCUACCGGCUGCAGCGGGAGCGCGACUUCGAAGAUCCUUACUCUGGGGGGCCGUCCGGCUCCGCCGCCCUCGCCGCCCCCGCCGCCCCCGGCCCCACGCCGCCCCCGCGCCACGGCUCGCCCCCUCACCGCCUUAUUCGGGUCGAGACCCCUGGGCCCCCAGCGCCUCCUCCUGAGGAGCGGAUCUCCGGACCCCCCGCCAGUAGCGACAGGUUGGCAAUCCUAGAAGACUACGCGGACCCAUUUGAUGUUCAGGAAACUGGCGAAGGCCCGGCGGGAGCCUCAGGAGCCCCAGAGAAGGUCCCUGAAAAUGAUGGCUACAUGGAACCCUAUGAAGCCCAAAAGAUGAUGGCCGAGAUACGGGGUUCCAAAGAGACGGCAGCUCAGCCCCUGCCUCUGUACGAUACACCCUAUGAGCCGGAGGAGGAGGGCGCCACCCCGGAGAGUGAGGGGGCCCCCUGGCCUCGGGAGUCCCGCCUGCCUGAGGAUGAUGAGAGGCCCCCCGAGGAAUAUGACCAGCCCUGGGAGUGGAAGAAGGAGCGGAUUUCCAAAGCCUUUGCUGUUGACAUUAAGGUCAUCAAAGACCUACCUUGGCCUCCGCCCGUGGGACAGCUGGACAGCAGCCCUUCCCUGCCUGACGGGGACAGGGACAUCUCCGGUCCAGCUUCACCCCUCCCUGAGCCCAGCCUGGAGGACAGCAGCGCCCAGUUUGAAGGAUCAGAGAAGAGCUGCUUGUCACCCGGCCGGGAGGAGAAGGGGCGGCUGCCUCCCCGACUCUCUGCAGGAAACCCCAAGCCAGCCAAGCCCCUAAGCGCGGAGCCCAGCAGUCCCCUGGGGGAGUGGACAGACCCAGCACUGCCUCUGGAAAACCAGGUCUGGUACCACGGGGCCAUCAGCCGCACAGACGCCGAGAACCUGCUCCGGCUGUGCAAAGAGGCCAGCUACUUGGUACGCAACAGCGGGACCAGCAAGAAUGACUUCUCCCUCUCCCUCAAGAGCAGUCAAGGCUUCAUGCACAUGAAGCUGUCCCGAACCAAGGAACACAAGUACGUGCUGGGCCAGAACAGCCCGCCGUUCAGCAGCGUCCCUGAAAUCGUGCACCACUACGCCAGCCGCAAGCUGCCCAUUAAGGGGGCGGAGCACAUGUCCCUGCUCUACCCCGUGGCCAUCCGGACUUUGUAGAUGUUAAGCCCGGCACUGAGACAGUCCUGGGCGCAGCUCUGUGCUCAUCACCUGGCCGAGAGCCGAGACUCCUGCCCGGGAUAUGACAUCUCAAACCCCUUUCUCUUCCUGGGAUCGAGUAGAAGCUGGAGAUUCCUUAAUUUAUUCUAAAGGGAAAGGAUCUGCGGAGUAAAGGGAUGUCUGGAGCUAGGGGUAGAGGAAACCCUAGGGACAAAGGACAGCUCCUGGAGUUGUUUAGGAUUGACAACUCCAACCGCUUUUCGCCCCUAGGGCAGAGGUGGCGCCCCUUUUCACUACCGCUCCCACCCAGCCCGGUCAGAACGGGUGGAGCCGGAUGCGGGCCCACGGGGCGCCCUGACCAUGUCUCCGCCUCCGUCCCCGCCCUUCGCCGCCAAAGCACCGGGGGGCCCCGCCCAGAAUCUGGCGGUGGGUUUGGAUUAGGCAGACCCUGGGAGGGAGACGGCAUUGGGAGAUGAGAUGUGGGGAAGGGCUCGAGCCAGAGGGAAGUUGUGCAGUCCCCAGGCCGCCCCGGCUCCGGGCCAGAGGCAAUAAAUAAACCCAGCCCCGCCA